CUGAAAAAAUAUCAGUUGUCCGAAAAGCUUCAACGAAUUAAUUCCAUUUUUUUAAAAAUUUGAAUACAAAAAAAUGACUGCUACAUUCGUUCUAGUGCUAGGUUGCCUUGUAUGUGGAGCAUUAGCUGGACGUCCUGCUAUUCAAGGACCUGUAGUUUCAGCACCAACUACAAACCCAGCACCAGUCACUGGUCCAGCGAUUAACUAUUUACCACCCUCCAAACCAACUGUUGUUGUUAACCGUCCCGUCGUCCAAAGUCCUGGGCCAGUUGUUACACCACAAAUUUUACCUCGACCAACUCCCGCAGCAACUACCGCCAAACCAAUUACAUUGCCCAUCGCACCGUCAGCCCGUCCAAUCUCAAUCGGCAAAAUUGGAAUACCAGCUCAAUCUGGCUCCCGCACUGUUGGAUCCCGCGCUCCUUACUAAUCAUUUCGAAUGUAAUUUGGAUGUGUUAAUAAAUGACGUCACUGCUCAAUGAUAUAAAAUAAAGUAGAACAAUUAAAUGUA